AUGUGGACUAUAUCAGGGCCCUUCGACAUCGAAAUCACAGCCGAAACUAUCCAUGAAAAGGUCAAACUGCUCAAGAGCGGACAGAAGUAUCUCAUCGGGCGCAAAGACCGUGAUCUCGUAGUGAACCACAAGAAAGUCUCCCGCGACCAUGGUCAGAUCAUUGUUGGAGGCUGCACAGCCGAAGAUGUGGGAGACCCGGACAAAAUUCCUGUACUUCAGAUGCUCAACAGCAAGUCCAAGGCCAUGACAAUCUCGAGGGCGGGUGAACGCCUAGUAUUCAAUCCGGGCGCAUUGGAGGACCUACAAGACGGAGACGUGGUGGAUAUUGUGACCGGACUUCCUCUGAGGUGGCAUAGAAUAUGCUGCUUCGAAUCCGCCUCCAAAGGGAGAGAUCCUGUGUCAAUUGACGGAUGUGCAUCGCUAGGUAUCAACCUCGUCCGCAUACUCCACCCGAACGUGACUCAUCACCUCACUCCUAACUACAACCUCUCCCCAACACUCUCCAUCUCUCUUCUUACUGCUUCCCAAUGCGUGAAGCCUGACUGGCUGCGAGAAAUCGUUCGACUCGGCGUGUUGCCCAAGGAUGACCCAAAGUCGCUCGAAUUCACCUUUGCUUUACCGUCAGAGACAAAAUACCGACCCGCAUUCUCCGCUGUGCUGCCUCCGACCCUGAAAACGUUGAAAACAUGGGAGCCCAAUGAAGAACGCUUGAACAUGUUUCGGGAGUGUCGGUUCAUCUUUGUUGGCGAAAAGGGACUAGAAAUCCCGAGUGACUACGAAACCUUGGUGACGCGAGGACAGGGCGGAUGUGAGGCAUUCUAUGUGAACGCUGGGUUGCUCAAGUGGACCAACACGCUCUCAAAGGCGAAGGCGUGGGCAAAUCAGAAUCACGGGAGGGUGGUGCUUGUUGCUGACAGUAAGGCCAUGGAGGCGUCAUCCAAAGAGAAAUGGCAAGAGUUGGUCGACGAGGCCAAGGAUACGGGCCUGCGAUUCAUCUUGCCAGAUAACAUCAUCCAAGCGGUCGCGCACGUCGACAAAUUUUACAUCGAUUGCACUGUUCCUGUGGGCGAUCGCAACCAAGAUGAUCGGCAAUCUUCACCUCUUCCCGACUUCGUACCAAACACACAUCCGGACGAACCUACGAUCCCACCGGACUACGGUAUGAACCCCCAACCGAAUCAGGAGAGGACGCGAGCGUCAUCCCGUCGCGCGCCGUCGGCAACGCCUGACCUAGCUAUGGAAUUCGAGCAGCCAUCAGACUCUGCACCUGCAGAAUCGUCACGUCCACUGCGCAAGUUCACCAAGAGAACCACCCAGACGGCAAUGGCCUUGCUCGGCUUUGACGAUGAUAUCUCUGUGCUAGAUACCAGUUCUGCAGCGAUCCCCGAGACGGCCCCGCACGCUGUCCCCCAGCCAACUGCAGCUCCCAUAAGCCAAGGCCGGCCUAGUAGAUUCCGAUCGAGAGCAGCGACCGGCCCCAAGAAUGUUGCUAAUCUACUUGGUCUGGACGACGACCUCGAGGACAUCGUCAAGGGGCCGGGUUUAGACAAGUACAAGGCUCUGUUCGAGGCGAGCGACCCCGACAAGCUCGGCACGGCCUCGAGUCAGACACAGGCCGACACGCAAAUGCAUGCGGUGAGAUCGGGCGCGAUGAGCGGGGCUGCGGAGACGCUGGCUAUCGUCCUUGAGGAGGGAGAGUCGAGCGCCGCACAAACGCAGACGCAGAUGCCGAUGGAGGGCGAGACCCAGACGCAGUCCCGGGGCCAGAAGAGGAAGGCCGUUGACUCUGCGGAAGAUGACGACAUUGCGAUGGAGGGGACACAAGGUCAGGGAGAGACGCAGACGGGUACAAGGACGGGCAGUUCUUCGAAACGCCGAGCACUCGAACACGUCAAUGCUGUCGUGCCGAAUUCUCAGACACCUCCCUCGAGUGCGCCAAACUCCAAGAACGCCGAGGCCAUCCCUACGAAGUCAACAAAGCCGCCGUCGUCCUCUCACCAAAAGAAGCCCACGGAAGCAGCGAAGAUGGAUAUCGACGAGAACUUUCUGAAAGCAGUCAACUCCACAAAGCGGGGCAAGAAGAUGGAAGAUGCCUUCGAUCGCGAAUUCAACAACCUGAAGAUCUCGAGGCCCGAGCUAGAGAAGGACGAAAAAGAGCAGGAGUGGGCGUUGCUUGCGGACUUUGGGAACGAGAGCGUGAGGGGCAACUUUAUGGUCAUUCUGACGAUGGAGGUGGAUCGCGAUCGGGAGUCCAGGCGAAAUGCGCGUGUCAGAAGUGGGAACGUGGAGUGGGCGGGACGGUCUGACUUCAAGAAAUUCAAGAAGGCGAGGAUGCGUGUUCUAGAUUCCACCGAAGAGAACGACUAUGGCGUUGGUUCCUCAUACUGGAAACCCCAAACGCAUUCUCAGCCCGAGUCGCAGAGCCUGAGCUUCUUCGGAACGGAGAGCGAGAAGGCGCCGGGUCCAAAAACGCAGCCCCGGACGCAGUCGUCGAACAAGGCGAAGACCCGCACUAUCGUGAUCAGCGAUUCAGAUGAAAGCGACGCGAAGCCCACACAGCGAAAAGCUGCCGGCAAGAAGCCCAUCUCCAAGACAAAAUCCCAAUCUUCCGCGAAGCGCUCGACACGAUCCACGAGAUCCCGCGGGGCGUCGCAGCCGUUGUUCCUGGACUCCGAAGACGAAUACGGCCAGGACGCGAGUCAAAAGCUCGACGAUAUUGGGGAGGAAGAGCACAUUGAUAUCGACGAGGGGCUGUUAGGGCCCAGCGACGAUGAGGCGAUGGACGAUUUGGACGGGAUGACCUCGACUAUGCGCACUGGGACCGAGUCACAAUUGACAGCCCCGAGGUCCAGUAGACGGACCGGGGCACAGAAGAGAAAGGCGCCUAUCAUGGACGAAGAUUCGGACGAUGUUAGAUUUGCAGGAUUCAAGAAAAGGAGUAGGUUUGGUUGAGUUGAACCCCAAAGUCAACUGGAUUUUCCAUACGCCUCUCGAAUCGUUCAACGGAUUCUAUCUAGACAGGAUGAUCAGUCUAUGCUCCUGCCUUCCACUCCUCUCUUUUCUUGCGCACACUGGUUGAUCUUGUUCUAUUCUCCGCUCUGAAUACGUCGUCGGCGUCGAUGCAAUUCAGGGUAUGAUUAUAACG